GACGGGGCAGCGGGGCCAUGGCGGCGGCCGUGCUGCCCGUGGCCGUGUUCGGCUGCCGGCCGCGGGUGGCCGGCGGCGUUUGCUUCCUGGAGGAGCAGGUGGUGCUGCACGCGGCCGGGGCGGGCUGCCUGCGGCUGCACCUCGAGCACAAGUGGCACAACUUCAUCCCAGGCACCGAGAAGAGCCGGGGCGUGCAGGCGCUGGCCGUCAGCCCCAACCGGCGGUUCCUGGCGGUGUCGGAGGCGGCGGGGGAGCAGCCGGUGCUGGCGGUGUACGAGCUGUCUGCGGAGCGGGCGCGGCGCCGGAGGGCGCUGGCUACCGCUGAGCUGCCGGCGCGGCAGGCCGUGUCCCUCGCCUUCUCCCCCGACGGCCGGUACCUGGCGGCCGCCACGGCCAUGCCCGAGGGGGUCCUCACCUGCUGGCUCUGGGAGAAGCAUCAGCUGGAGGCGGCCGUCCGCCUGCUGGCCCCGGGCAGCGGCCCCUGCCAGGUUAGCUUUAGUCCUCAAGACAGCACCCAGCUUUGUAUCACUGGAAAUGGCUUUUUUAAACUUUUUAAGUACAGUGAAGGAAAUUUGAAGCAGAUGAAUUUACAAAAGGGAGAGCCAGAAAACUACUUGUGCCAUGCCUGGCUGUCUGAGGAGAAAGUUGUAUGUGGCACUGACACAGGCAAACUUAGCGUGUUUGAAACUGGAGAGCUUCACUGGGAAACAAAUUUAGAGUACAGAAAACCACCCAGGGAACUAGAAGAAGAUAUAACAACAAAAGAAUAUGAGAGCUCUCUUGAUGUUUCUUGUGGACUGGCCUCUGAAGAUAUUGGUAGACAACAUAAUUCUUUGCCUCAAAUAUCUGCAGUUGCAGCAUAUUCCAAAGGCUUUGCAUGUUCACCUAGCCCAGGAGUUGUUCUUCUGUUUGAGAAGACCAAGGGAAAGGAAGCCUACGAGGAGAGUCAAGAAAUCUGGCUUCCUCAGGACCAGUUCAGAACUGAGCCAAAAAAGUCAGACAGACAGGACAUUACAUGUAUAUGCUUCAGCCCCUCUGAGGAAACAAUGGUCAUUAGCACAAAUAAAAAUCAGCUAUACAUGUUUCCUAUGGUCUCCACCAAACUUAUAAGGGAGAAGACAUCUUAUUUUGCAUAUCUGAAUUUCCCAUUGCAUUCUGAUUCGAUCACUGGUCUGGACAUGUGUAUUUGGAAACCCAUUCUUGCUACUUGUUCCCUGGAUAGAUCUGUCCGCAUCUGGAAUUACAAGACGAACACUUUGGAGCUGUGUAAGGAGUAUCAGGAGGAAGCAUACACAGUAUCACUUCAUCCCACUGGCCUUUUCUGUUUGGUUGGGUUUUCUGACAAACUACGAUUUAUAAGUCUGCUGUACGAGGACAUGCAUGUUUUCAAGGAGUUUGCUGUGAGGAAGUGUAGAGAGUGCUCAUUCAGUAAUGGAGGCCAUCUUUUUGCUGCAGUUAAUGGAAAUGUGAUUCAAAUUUAUUCCAGCAUCACCUUUGACAAUGUUAGUAAUCUGAAAGGACAUAGUGGGAAGAUACAUGCAAUUAAAUGGAGCACAGAUGAUGCUAAAUUUGUCUCCUGUGACACACAUGGUGCUGUGUUUGAGUGGAACUUGAUGACAGGUAAAAGGGAGUCAGAGUGUGUGCUCAAGACCUGCAUCUACAGCAGCAUUUCCCUGUCUUCUGAUGCCAAAAUUAUCUUUGCUGUUGGAUCUGACCAAACUCUCAAAGAAAUUUCAGAGUCUUCGAUCCAGCAUGAAGUGCCUGCCUAUGGCGUUGUUUAUACUGCUGUAGCUGUUUCCCAUUCCGGGCACGUGAUAUAUGUUGGUACCUCCCUGGGGACAAUCCGAGCUAUGAAGUACCCACUCACCCUGAAGAGGGAUUUCCACGAGUAUCAGGCCCAUGCAGGUGCUGUUACAAAGAUGUCCGUAACAAGUGAUGACCAGUUUCUACUGACUGCUUCAGAGGAUGGCUGUAUAUUUAUCUGGAAAGUGCAUGAUAAAGAAGGUGGGGCACUGAAAGGGGAAGCAGAAGCUGGGUAUGCUGAGGAAGUGCUGAUCAUGAAAUCAGAUAUAGAUGAGAAGAGUCAGGCAAUACUAGACCUGCAGAUUUGUGUGAAAGAUCUACAGACAGAAAGUGAUUAUGAGCUACGUCUCAAGGACCUGUACUGUACUGGAAAAAUAAAGGCAUUGGAAGAGAACUUCACUCAGGAAAUAGACUCCCUUAAAGCCCAACACCAGAUUUUACAGGCAGAGAAGGAAAAACAGGAGCUACAAUACGAGUGUCAACUGUCUGAGCUGGUGAAAAAACAGGCCAGGGAGGUGCAACAGCUAGAAUCUGCAAGUAAUAAGAAACUCUUAAUGGAAAAUGAGAGAUAUGAGGAGCUGCAAGUGAAAUCCCAGAGGAUGCAGGAGGCAUAUGAGAGACAAUUGCACAGUUUGGAGGAGAGCAAAAGCACGGCUUUGAAGGAGCUGACAGAGCGUUACGAGGAAAAGCUUAAGCAGAAAUCUGCUCUGCUGGAACAGACAAAGGAGAAUAUGAGGAGGCAGAUUCAAGCACAUGAAGAAAUGGAGAAACAAAUUUAUGAAGAUGGAGACAAAGAAAUCUCAGAGAUCAAAAACAAGUAUGAGAAACAGCUCAGCGAAGAGAAGGAGUCCAACACGCAACUGAAAGGAGAAAUAGGAGUCAUGAAUAAAAGGUUGAACAACCUACAGAAAGAGCUCAAGGAUCGAAUUAGGGAUAUUGAGGAAAUGAGACUGGAACAGCAGAAGCUGGAAAACGUCAUUAGAGCACUGGAGAAGGACAUCUUGGCACUGAAGACAGAGAUUAAAGAGAGAAGUGACACUAUCCUAGACAAGGAGAAGCAUAUAUAUGACCUAAAAAUGAAAAAUCAGGAACUGCAAAAUUUCAAGUUCGUACUGAGUUUCAAAAUAGAGGAGUUUAAGAAGCAAAUAGAGUCACGUGAAAAUGAUAUUAAAACAAUGAAGGAACAGAUCCAGGAGAUGGAGGAGGAGCUGGAAGGAUUCCACAAGGAGAGCACGCAGUUGAAGCUGAACAUCACACAACUGCAACAGAAACUAAAGGCGUCUUAUCGCGAGAUGGACAAAGAGAGGCAGAAGAAGCAAGAUAUGGAAACCGUCAUCAAACGAUUUAAAGCAGAUCUUCACAACUGUGUGGGCUUCAUUCAGGAUUCCAGAAAAAUGAAAGAUGGUAUCCGUGAACUCUACAGCAAGUAUGUGCAGCAAUCAGAUGUGGUGGAGGCUGAAGCAGUGGACACAGAUUUGCAAAAGCAGUACAUGAAACAGCAAGAGUAUCAUGAGAGGAGUUUGGCAGUUUUAAAAAAGAAGGUGAUGAAGGAUCAGGAAAUGCACCAAGCUGCUUACAUGCGCCUCAUGCAGGAAAAUGUGAGUCUGAUUAAGGAAAUCAAUGACUUGAGGCAAGAACUGAAGGUGGCCAACACCCAGGUGCAUGACCUCCGGGCAGCACUGAGAUUAAACAAGAAAAAGAAAGCAAUUCAAGACACAGCUCCCUCCAGUGAACUGCUGUCUGGCCCAGCUGUCCUGAGGUUGAAUCCAGAGAUGGAAAGUGAGAAAAUCAUAGAAAUUCAGCAGCUGGAGAUUCAAUAUCUGCGAGACCAAAUCCAGGAGAAGGGGCAAGUCCUGACUGUCCAAGUUCAGUCUCCUUUAGUCAGAAAUCUUCCUGAGCUGAAUCUGGAAAGAAGCUGCAAGACACAGCAACACUGACCCAGUUCAAGGAUGCCUUACAUAAUUAUAUCCUCCUGGCAAGAUUAGAAAUGCAACAGCAUAGAUUAGACUUUCAUGAUCCUAUACUCUACCACUAGAAGCAUUUGUGCAACGCUCACUGCUCUGAACGCUUCUACUUUCCUGGAAUCCACCCUUUCCAUGAGACUUAGGAGCCAAGAGAAAAAAAUAAAUCUAUGUUAGUGCAAGACUAAUCUUUGUGCCUUCAUGCUAGGGCAGGUAGUCACCUUUCUCUUGAAAACUAAUGUGUUCUAGUUGAGAAGAACUGGUCAAACUCUGUAAGCCUUUUCUGCUAGAAUUCUAAUUUGGUGUGGCUGUGCUGCAAAAUUCAACAUCAGCCUUUUGUUUUCCAGGAAUGAAUUGCCUGUGCCCAUACAAAGGACUGCUGCUAUUCCAAGCAGGUAUCCAGUCACAGACUAACAAUCAGUUACCUUGUGAGGGCAACCUUUGACUCAAGCACACCUGAGCUAGAGCCCUUGCUCAAGCCUCUGCCUCCUGCCUAGAGAUUAGUUGCCUCAUCUGCAGCAAUAAUUUCAGCAGGACAAAAAGACAGCCCAGUUUCAGACUGUGAAAUCUGGAAUAAAGUCCAAACAUUAUGUCAUAACUCUCCUAUAACUUUCAUAAAUUGAUUUGUUUCCUUGUCUUUUUUCCAGCAUC